AUGCCCAUCAUCAGCAACGCUAACCAUGACUUCACCAACUACUCGGUCAGCAGCGACAACAGCAGCCUGGACCGCUUCUUCACAGAGAUCCCAGAGACAGAGACAGUCAAGGGAGUGUACUAUCAGCGCGCCCAGCUGCUCCGCAACGACCCCAACGGGGCCUGGCCCUCUAUCGACCACACCCUGCAGGCCUUGAUCAACGUGGGAGGUAACCGCUACACGUUCCCCUGGACCACCCUGGAGCAGUUCCCUCUCACCCGGCUUGGGCGGCUGCGUCUCUGCUCCAGCCCCGAGGACAUCGCCAGGCUCUGUGACGACUACGAUGAGACCCAGAGGGAGUACUUUUUCGACCGGAGCCCCACAGCGUUCCGGGUCGUCUUGAACUUCCUGGCGGCCGGGAAGCUCCGCCUCCUGCGGGAGCUGUGUGCCGUGUCACUGCACGAUGAGCUGGACUACUGGGGGGUCGACCCCGCCCACAUGGAACGCUGCUGCCGCCGGCGCAUGUUGGCACGUGUCGAGGAGGUGGCGGAGCGUGAGCGUAAGGAGGAGGAGUGGAGACAGAGGAGGAUGAAGCUACAGAGGCUCCCCCUGUUGGCUGAGACGGAGACGGGCUACCGCAGGCUGAUGAGCAGGUUGAGAGAGGUGGUGGAGAACCCCCAGUCUGGCUUGGCAGGGAAGAUGUUUGCCUGCUUCUCUGUGAUCAUGGUAGCUGUGACAGUCAUCAGCCUCUGUAUCAGCACCAUGCCGGAUCUACGCCAAGAGGAGAGCAAGGGCGAGUGUUCCCAGAAGUGUCGUAACAUGUUUGUUGUGGAGACAGUCUGCGUAGCUUGGUUCUCCUUGGAGUUCCUGCUGCGGUUCCUCCAUGCUCGAUCCAAACUAGAAUUUGCCCGCGGGCCCCUGAACAUCAUUGAUGCCGUGGCCAUCCUACCCUACUACAUCUCUCUGGUGGUGGUCGAAAACAACACGACUCUGGAGGAUGGCAGUGCAGGGGCAGGUAGGGGGUACCUGGACAAGCUGGGUCUGGUCCUGCGUCUGAUGCGUGCAUUACGUAUCCUGUACGUGAUGCGGCUGGCGCGCCACUCCCUGGGCCUCCAGACCCUGGGCCUGACCAUGCAGCGAAGCACCCAAGAGUUCAGCCUCCUCCUGCUCUUCAUCACCGUCGGCAUGGCCCUCUUCUCUCCCAUGGUGCACCUGGCCGAGAGCGAGCUGGCGCCCAACGCCGCCACCGCGCCCCAGCACAGCUUCAGCAGCAUCCCAGCUUCCUAUUGGUGGGCCAUCAUCUCCAUGACGACCGUGGGCUACGGGGACAUGGUGCCGAGGAGCAUCCCGGGUCAGGUGGUUGCGCUGAGCAGCAUCCUGAGUGGAAUUCUCAUCAUGGCGUUUCCUGCUACUUCCAUCUUCCACAUGUUCUCCAGGAGCUACCAGGAGCUGAAGCUGGAGCACGAGAGGCUGUGGAAGGAGGAGACGGGGGCCGCUCUGGCCGCUGACAACCUGGAGAACAGGAGGGAAAGGGAGGCGGAGAGGGAGGCGGAAGUAGAGAUGAAGGCGGAAGCUGUCGCGGAAACGGACAGCUACUGGCCCAGACGCCGAGACUUUGUGGAGUCUCUGUGCCAGUCCCUUGGAGGAGGGAACGGAGGGAUGACAGAGGGGCAGCAGGCUACGCUCCCGGCUUGUGGGGAACAGAGGGAUGACAGAGGGGCAGCAGGCUACGCUCCCGGCUGGGGGGAACAGAGAGAUGACAGAGGGGCAGCAGGCUACGCUCCCGGCUGGGGGGAACAGAGGGAUGACAGAGGGGCAGCAGGCUACGCUCCCGGCUGCAGCAUUCUGAUCUGA